CAGCAAUGGCUCUGCGUACUUUGCUCUUCAGUAUUUAAUUAAAACCCGACGAGAAUGGAACGUUGGGCCGGAAAACUAGCGGUCGUCACUGGAGCCAGUUCUGGAAUAGGCGCAGCUAUUGCUAAGGCACUUGCUACCAAUGGGUUAAAUGUCCUCGGUCUAGCUCGUCGCGAAGAUAAACUCAAAGAGUUAUCGAAUUUAAAUACUUCCUCUAAACAUGCGUUUCAUUACAUGAAGUGCGAUUUGUUCGACGAAAGUGACAUCAUAAAAGCAUUCGAGUACGCCGACACACAUUUCGGCGGUGUCCAUAUUCUGGUCAAUAAUGCUGGGACUGUCAAAGAUGGGACACUUGGAGCCGGAAAAACUGAAGAUUUUCGUAAAGUUAUGGAUUUAAAUGUCAUCGCCCCGACAAUUUGCAUAAGAGAGGCUUUGAAGUCAAUGCGGAAACAUAAAAAUGAAGCGCACAUUUUUAAUAUCAACAGCGUUUUUGGUAUCAAUCCAACUCUAGCUCCGAUGCCGAUAAAUUUAUAUCCAGCGAGUAAAUUUGCAUUGCGCGCACUGACUGAAACACUCAAGUCGGAGAUACGUCAAAACAAAGAUAAAAUACGUGUCACUGGAAUUUAUCCCGCUCUCGUUAAAACGGAGUUGCUCGCAUCCAACGGAUUCGACGAGCAAAUUUACAAUAUCGCUCCGUAUUUGGAAAGCAAGGACUUGGCCGAUUGUUUGAUGUUCGCACUAUCAGCGCCCCCGCAUGUCCAAAUCGAUGACAUCGUGGUUAAUCCUGUCAGACGCUGAUUAAAAAAAAAUAUAAAUGACUAAUGAAAUAUUAAUUGACUAUAUUUUUGUAAUGCUUUGUAUUUAAUAUAAAUUUUAUUGCGGAUAGAAUGUAAAUUUAAUAAAAAUAAAAAUAAUAAUAAUUUAUCAGCAAAUAUAAAACAGUAAAGAAUUGAAUAAAAUUUAACUCGCGGUCCAAUAAAAUGAGAUACCGGAGGAAAUAAAAAUUUUAUUGAAUAAAAGUACUUGGUCAAUUCUCAUAUCCCGUCAAUUUGAAUUUCAUGCUCGACAAAAUCCACUAUUCAAUAACGA